AAUCUUGUGAGAUUCGAUUCAAUAAAACUCGGACCGGUUCGAGAGCGGACGUGUCUCGAAACCGCAUCAUUAUGGCGGGCAGGUUUCUGCUGUGCCUCGUGUUGUUGUGCGUUGUAUCAAACUAUUCAGAAUGUAAAAGAUACGGUUCCUCUUCCUCGGGACGAUCCUCUGGGUCCAGCUGGGGCCGAAGUUGGGGAUCGAGCUCAGCAAGUAAACCGUCCUCUAGUUGGUCCAGUUCCGGCAGUAGCAAGCCUUCUUCUAGUUGGUUUAGUUCUGGAAGCAGUGCACCUAAGUAUCCCUCAUCGUCUUCUGGUUUAUCGGGAUUUGGCAGUAGUGCCCCGAAGUAUCCUUCGUCAUCCUCUGGACUAUCGGGAUUUGGCAGUAGUGCUCCAAAAUACCCAUCAUCAUCGUCUGGACUAUCUGGUUUUGGUUUUGGCAGUAGUGCUCCAAAGUAUCCUUCUUCCUCGUCUGGGUUAUCUGGAUUUGGAAGCAGUGCACCUAAAUACCCGUCGUCGUCAUCUGGACUAUCUGGAUUUGGAAGUAGUGCACCUAAAUACCCAUCAUCGUCAUCUGGACUAUCUGGUUUUGGCAGUAGUGCUCCAAAGUAUCCUUCUUCAUCAUCUGGGUUAUCUGGAUUUGGAAGCAGUGCACCUAAAUACCCAUCAUCUACUGGUCUCUCUGGAUUUGGAAGCGGAGCUCCAAAGUAUCCAUCAUCAUCCACUGGAUUAUCGGGAGGAGGAUCAAACUCUGGAUUGGAUCUUCCUGCUGGCGUCUAUUACAUGAAUAAUAAAUAUCCAAGUUCAACAGGAAGCAAAUAUUCAAGCAAUACCUAUAAUACGAACACUGGAUAUGGAACAGGACACAAUAAUUAUGGUACCCAUAACUAUGGAUCAUAUGGACAACCACAUGGUUAUUUUAAUACGCCAUCAUACUAUACGGCACCUCAACAUGUUUAUAUUACCGAAUACCGCAAUUCAGGCAGCCGAUACGGAGACCUUUUAACAGGUUUGGCAUUGUAUAAUAUGGGUCGUUCGCAUAGCCACCACAACCAUUAUUACUAUAACGACGAUUAUUAUAGAAGGAGAUAUCAUACUUCUGGAUCCUCUGCUUAUGACACGCCGAAAGACGAGGCUACGUGUUCUUUAAGGAUCAAGGAGGAAAAUAAAGUUGAAGUACUUAAAAUACCAUGCGAAAUAGUAUCGACUUUCACCGAAGGGAGCAAAAAAGUCGCAACAGAUACCUUUACUCAAACAGUAUGCGUAUCAAAUUAUACGGUGAUAAAUAAUACGCUCCCCGCCACCACAACCGUUUCACCUGUAAAUGUAACUAUGUUGAGUAAUGGUUCAAUCGUUAACACUGAAAACUCACUUAUUUUGAAUAGUACAACAACAGCUUCUCCAGUCAAUAUAACUCUGUUGUUAAAUAACACAUCUUCAUUAAACGCCACAGUUUCACCCGCAGAAAGUAAUUCUACAACAAUUAAUUCUACAUUAUCGAGCGUUAACGCUUCAACUACGUUAUCUACUCCGCUAGAAAGUGAAGCCUCUAAUAUUACAACUAAUAUUAAUUCUACUACUGCUAAGCCUAUGUAUGUGUCUACCAAUUCGACGCCGUACACAAUUUCAACAUCGAAUGUAACGGUAAUGAACGCUACAAACUGUACUGUAACAACUGAUCCCUUGGCCGUUAAAGGACCGCCUGUGAAUCCAUCGAAAAUGGAAUGUGAAGUGGAUAUUGUCACCAAAGACUCGCAUGUUUUGAGAAGUAAAGUCGACUGCAGCAUCUUGUUAAAUUACGCAAAAAUGCCGGAGCCUAAGAAAGAGCAAAGCGCUAUUUUACCCUCGAGAAGUAAAUUAAAAUCUUGGCUUGACAACCCACCUUGGUGGCUUUCUUUGUUCAUAGCGGUAUAAUUUAUAGAUAAUCUUUAGUUUUACGAAUAAAAAUAAUUACUUAUUAUGUAGGAAUAACCUAUGUAUAACUUAUUUAUAACUAAAAAAGUUAUAAAUAGGUAUAGUUACCUACCUACCUAGUUUUAUGUGUGAUUCUGAUUAGUGAUAAAGUUUACCGAAUAAGUUUAAAUAUUUUUUUAUCUGUGACAGCACUGACAUUAAUUUUAGGGUUGCUCUAUGUCAUAUAAAACAUUUAGAUAGUAGUAAAAUAUUUAAUUUAAACUUUAUACUACCUAGAUGAGUUUCGUGUCGUUCACGGGGCACUAUUGGCACCCGUGUGACGAGCGGACAUUAUUGUAAAUUAGAAAUGUCCCUAAACUUUAGGUAGGUACCUAGUUAUCUCAUUAUUCAUUAUAUACAAUACAGGUACCUAUAGUGCACAACAGGUUGAGAUGGCAAUCGGGGUAUGAGGCGGGGGAACACCCUGCACAUCCGCACGUCACCCGCACUCGCCCGCAUCGGGUAGCGCGGAAGCUGUGCGGGUGUGCAGGGGCAGCAGGGCGUUCCCUCUCCAAUUGCCAUUUCAACCUGUCGCGUAUUAUACUUAGAAAGAAAAGUGGCAAUGAACUUGAAAGUUUAUUAUUAAAACGGGGAUUAGGUUAGGAAUAGGUAUUUUAUCGAGGUACCUCGUAUAUACAUAUAUGGUGCAGGUCUGCUACCUGAAAUUAAUUGUUGUUUUAUAUUUAGUACUAAUUUUGCUGGAUUUUUACGUUGUUGUUUACGACCUACUUAAUUUGUAAAAAAAUAAACUUAAAAAUCAAUUGCUCAAAACGGUAUUUUUUUUUCCAGAGUAAGACUCUCACGCGACAGGUUCCGUACCAUCGUAACUACAAAAAUAAUAAUAUUUAACAUUUUGUAAUUUUUAUUACUAUGUAUUAUAUUUGUUGUUAUAGCGUCAAUGAAAGUACACAGUCUGAGACAACUCUCUACCCACCUAUAAUUCACGAGAUACAACCCGCUGACAGAUAGUUGGACGGACGGACGCAUGGAUGGGCGAGCGGACAGCGGAGGCUUUAGUACUGAUUUUAUUUAUUUAUUUAUUUUUAUUUUUCAUGUACCAAAAUUGUAGUUAUAAACUCAUAAUAAAUUACGAUUUAUCCAUUGA